GCAGCCAAAGCGGACGAUGACGACUGUUCCUUUUUCUGUGAUAGACUUUUUCACAUUUAUUUGUGAGGUAUUGUUAUCAACAAAGAAUGCCGUUUCCAGCGAAUCUAGCGUACCAGUGCAAGCUAUGAGUCGUCUAUGCGCUACCAAUGAAAGUGAACUGGUGGUGAGAUUCCAGAACAGUUGCUCGUUUCUACAGAGCACCGACAGUUUACUAGGCGCUCUGGAAAAGCCGUGUGCGCUGUCAGCUGUGGACUCUUUGGCGGCGCAGUUUUGUCGCUGGUGGCAGAAUGCCGAAUAUCCCAACGUGGCGAUGUAUCAAGCGUUCUGCCCCAAUUUUCCUGCUAUUAAUUUCGACAAUGCACAUGGAAUGCCAAGAGAGGUAGCCUAUCUCUAUCUUUGUAAAUGGGACAAAUAUACCAAGGAAUAUUCCCCACGCAUAUUCGAAGGCGCUGACUGCGACGCAAACAGCUCUAGCAAUUUCUUUGUCACCCGACUGCGUCCAGCCGUUAACAACUGCCAUAAACUAGAAGCGCUGAUUGCAUUGUAUAAUCAGACAAACCGAGCCUGCUCAAAUUAUGAUGGACGCAACGGAACUCCGAGUAAAAGAAAAGUAUGUGGAUGGUGGAAUAAUCAAGAGGGGAAACUGCAAGAAAUCAUGCGCAUUGUGAAUGUGGCAUUCUGCAAACCCUCCUUGUAUCUUGACCGUUGUGGGACCAAUGUCUCCCGGACAUGGUUUUUCCAUGCCGGUAGUGUGCUGUCGAAAACAUCAACGCGACUGGUUUAUAUUAUUGCAUUUCCUCCGCUACUGGCCAUUUCCACUGUUGGCAACGUCAUCAGCGCAGUUGUCUUUGCGUCAGCGAAGAGCAGGAAGAGUGCCGUCACGUAUUUGUUGGUUAUCUGCAUUUGCGACUUGCUGUUCAUGUGGUUCCAAAUACCUCGAUACAUAGUUACGGUCAAGCCCGCAAUUUUAAGCGGAAACAGGAUCUACAACAGCAUCAGUGGAGUUAUAGCGUUUGCCGUGCAAACCUCAAAGGAUAUUUCCGAUUGGUCAUUGCUGGUGUUCACUGUUGAGCGUUCAAUGUCCAUAUGCAGACCGCUGCAGAAUCGUCGUCAAGCGACUGCACGCGCAGCCUGGAUUAUUGUCGGCGUGGAGGCCGUUGUCGUAAUCGGCAUCAAUGUAGUUGAACCAGUAGCAGCGCUUUAUCAGUACUCCCGAGUUGAAACCCGGAUCUUCGAGCUAAUGUACCGAGAUGUCCCGUCUUUCGACUCUGCCUAUCCUCAGUGGAUAAGGAAUUGGGCUUACCUGCAGCUUUUGUACCGGAAUAUAAAAAUCGCCCUCAUCUUUGUAAUUCUACUGAUAGGCGAUAUACUCGUGGUUAUUAUUACACGGAAGCGCAAACGAUCCCUGAAAGCCAACACGCACAAAAGCGGUACGAGUGAGCUGAAUGUGGUGACCAUCUUAUCGGCCACGACGUACCUGUUGACACAGUCAGUCACACUUAUCAACGAACUGCUGGCGGUGACAUACGUGGCGUGUCUUCUCCAGGAAGUAUACUCCUAUGCCGUGUACUGGGACGUCUUUUCCGUACAGAACGCCUUGUCAGAUAUUAACCAUUCCUGUAAUAUUCUGUUUUAUUCUGUUUCUGCCAACUAUCGUUCCGCCGUUGGCAACCUUUUCAACGCUAUCAAAACUUGUAACUGCACUCAUGUUUCGGCGCGGAUGAAAUCGAUCAAACUGUUCAGCAGUCGGAUCCUCGAAAAAAUACCGGUCAACAACAUCUAAGGCUCCCACUGCGCGUAGUGAUAAAACUGAUGAAACUGUGCACGAGCAAGCUAGGACUGAACGAAAUGGAGCGGUACAAAGCAAUGCAAAUCCAUGUCAUCAGAAUAGCGGUGAGGCUGAGCUACAAAUAAACCGGAGACCAAUAGGCAACACUUUUCUCUAGGUUCCUGAAUUUUGACAACAAUUUCUGAUUUUCCUGUCAGCUGUCUGUAUGUUUAUAGAGAAUGUGCUCACUUAUUAGUCUUUUAAACAUCAGAUGAUCUUCAAAUUGGUUUUACUGGCUGAUGCGGAAGAAUAUGUACUAGCGCACGUGCGCGCCAAAGCAGAAUGCAGCUGGAAAAUGGCAACAUUUGUAACGCUGUCUUAUUUUCGGUUUACUGGAAAUACGUACAUCACUGUGUGAUAUUUUUCUCUACGAAUCUUUCAGCUGCAUGACGAAGUGUUGACAC